AUGGCACUUGCGGUAGCCGCACCCUCGGAAUGGAGAGGUAUUCUUCCAUACAAUACAUCCAAGGACAGUCCGACGGUGCACAGCAUGAAAGUAGCGACAGACGUCAAAAACGAACAGGGUGAAUUUGGAUUCUGGGACACUUGCGUACAUACCGUCGUUCGCGAGCAUUGCCAGAGAUCUCCGGACUCACCCGCAGUCAAUGCAUGGGACGGGUCAUUCACCUACGCCGAGCUCGACAGCCUGUCGGAUGCCAUUGCGUCAGUCUUGAUCCUCUUUGGAGUCAAGCCAGAGAGCAUUAUACCCAUAUACAUGCACAAGUCCCGAUGGACAACGGUUGCUAUAUUGGGAGUUCUCAAGAGUGGAGGAGCAUUCACCCUUCUCGAUCCAUCCCAUCCACGGAGCAGGCUGGAGGAGAUAUGUAAGGAAAUCCAGGCAAGGUUUAUCCUUACGAGUGAGGAACUCAGCAAACAGUGUUCGGAGAUGUCUUCUGUCCUAGUCGUGGAGCAUCUAAGCCGGGCAUGCUUGCUGAGUCCCGGCCAAGCUGGGCAAACACCGUCUCGACCUGAAAACGCCGCUUAUAUCGCGUUCACAUCAGGUUCGACAGGAAAGCCCAAAGGCAUUGUCAUCGAGCAUCGAUCAUAUUGCUCUGGAGCUCGUUCGCACCUGAAGGUAUUUGGUAUCGAUUCGACGUCGCGCGUUCUUCAAUUUGCCUCGUAUGCCUUCGAUGUCAGCAUCAUGGAGACGCUUAGUACUCUGAUGGCGGGAGGUUGUUUAUGCGUAAUGAGCGAGUCUGAACGGAGCGACCCAAACCUGUUCGUUGAGUCUUAUAAGAACUUCCGGAUCUCCCACUGCUUUAUGACCCCAUCCUUUGCGAGGACGGUGCAAUGGACAGAAUGUUGCAACCCGCCACCCACCCUGAUCGUGGGAGGCGAGUUGAUGCGCCCCUCCGAUACGAGAGCAUACAAAGCAAUGGGAAUUUGCUGCAUGAACGCAUACGGGCCAGCCGAAUGUUCCGUCAACGUGUCUGUACAGUCUAGGGUGGAAGAUGGUGUUGAUCCUCGAAACAUCGGGUACACCACAGGGGCGACAGCCUGGAUUAUUAGCCCGGAGAAUCCAGAGCAGCUGAUGCCACCCGGUACGGUUGGGGAACUGCUCGUGGAAGGGCCGAUUGUUGGUCGCGGCUACCUCAAUGAUCCCAGCGCCACUCGCCAGGCGUUUAUUGAUACACCCGGAUGGCUGCGCCGGCACCGCAAGGGUACCUCUUAUCAGCACCGAGUCUACCGCACCGGCGAUUUGGCCUCCCAGGACAGCAUAAGCGGUGCGCUGCUACUACACGGUCGCAAAGAUGCCCAAGUGAAGAUUCGCGGCCAGCGGGUCGAGCUCCCUGAUAUCGAACACCAUCUCCAACAGACUCUCCCGGACGGCGAUGCCGAGGUCAUUGUCGAAAAGGUCACCUUUUCCGACGAUGGAGCGGAAAAGCUCAUUGCCUUUGUCUUAAUCCCUCCGUCUAGCACUGGUUUCAUCACGGACAACAUGGGAGAUCGUCUCUUCCUGGCGCCGCAAUCACAGAUCAUGGAGCAAUUCGCCAUCAGCAAGAAGCAUCUACAAACAAAUCUACCCAGCUACAUGGUUCCAGAUAUAUUCAUUCCUAUAUCCACUAUCCCUCAAACUGUAUCGGGGAAAACAGACCGCAAAGCCUUGCGAACCCGAGCUGCUGCCCUCUCGAGACGGGACGUUCAAUGUUAUCUGCUCUCGCCCACGGGUGAUAAACGUCCUCCAUCCACACUCAAAGAAACAACCAUCCGAAGUCUGUAUAGCAAAGUGCUGAACCUACCCAUCGACUUGAUAGGCAUGGACGACACUUUCUUGCGCCUCGGGGGGGAUUCACUUCAAGCCAUUCGUCUCGUUGCAGCGGCCAGGACGGCCGGGCUUGUACUACACGCCAAAGAUAUCCUUUCGUCGCAGAGUACGCUGGCUGAGCAAUCGCAACGUGCAGGUUUGAUCCAGACAUCAGACCAUACAGGGGAAGCUUCAACUCCGUUUGCCCUCUUGCCUGUGGCAACGAGGCACGAUAUUGUCGACCUGGCCCAGAAGCAGUGCCGCGUGUCUUCGAAGCUCAUUGAAGAUAUCUACCCUUGUACCGCACUGCAGGAGGGCAUGUUCAUGACGUCUUUAAGACACCCAGGCAUGUAUACCGGGCAGAUAACAUUUGACAUUCCCGACAGAAUGGAGUUACCCCGUUUGAGGGCUGCAUGGCUGUCGGUGGUGUCCAAGAAUGCUGCUCUGCGAACACGCAUCAUCGAGACCCACGAGGGACUCAUGCAAGCGGUGAUCGUCGAUGACUUCGCGUGGGAGGAAGAAACCGACGAGAUGCUGCCUUCUGGCCGCUGGGAGGUACUCGAGAUCACCAAGAUCGGUGUGCCUUUGGUUCGGUUUCGCUAUCGCCCUCGACAUCGGCAGCUGAUUAUGACAAUCCACCACUCCAUCUGGGAUGGCUGGUCGCUCCGUUUGGUGCAUGAGCAACUACAGCGUGCCUACAUCGGGCGCGAUCCGUUACCGAGCACCUCAUACCGCUCCUUCAUUCAAUACGGACAGGACCUACCAGGGGCAGACGAGUUCUGGGCCUCCGAGCUCGCCGGCGUGAAUGCACCGAUAUUCCCGACCUUGCCAUCUGGCAACUAUCGACCGUGCGUAAACGCAUCGCAUCGACAUGGGGUGAGAAAGUUGGUCUCAACCGGAAGGGGGGAGCAUACCGCCGCUACCUAUAUUCACCUUGCCUGGUCGUUACUCGUUGCCCACUAUACGGACGCGGACGAGACCGUAUACGGGGUGACGGUCAACGGGCGUAGUGCCGACGUACCGGGGAUCGAAAAUAUCGUGGGUCCAACAAUUGCAACCGUCCCGCUGCGCAUUCGAGUCAAUCAGGAAGAUACCGUGAAGAUGGCGCUGGAUCAGGUCCAGGACUCUCUCGCACGCAUGAUUCCCUACGAACAGGCUGGCUUGCAGCGCAUCAGCCGGUGUAGCAGAGAUGCCUCCGAAGCUUGUCGCUUCCAGACUUUGCUUAUCAUUGAAGCUCCUGCGGAUCGCGACGUGGCUUGCGAGAAGAACGAAGCCAAAAACUUCUCCAUUAUCCGGGGAACGACUCAGACUGGGAUGGACUACACCGCGUUCUCGCCUUACGCGAUGAUGCUAAUCUUCCGUACUAGCGCUGACAAGAGCGCGAUUACGUUGGAUAUCACAUAUGACGCGCAAGUAAUAGGCUGCGUUGAGGUGGAGCGAAUGGCUCAUCAAUUCGAGCAUGUCUUGCGACACAUCUAUAAGCGUGCAACGGGAAGGAUUGGAGAUAUCAGCUUUCUCGGGCCGCGGGACAUCGAGCAAGUACAACAAUGGAACAGUUACAUGCCACCAGCCGACAAUCGCUUUUUGCAGGAGUUGAUCUUUGCUCGGUGCUCCCGUCGACCUCAGGCGUCGGCUAUCAUUUCCUGGGAUGGCUCAUGGACAUAUCGGGAACUCUGGGCACACUCAUCGUUCUUCGCCCGGCAACUGCAGAGGUAUGGUGUGACGCGAGGGACUCCUGUGGCUGUCUGCCUGGACCGCAGCAGGUGGAGCAUUGCAGUCAUCCUGGCCGUUCUGCUCGCUGGAGGCACAUGCGUGCUGAUCGAUUUACUGUCUCCACGACAAAGAGUGCGAGAUAUCCUUCAGAUCGUCGGCGCAGGCAUCAUGGUCAACAGUCAUGCAACUGCCCCGGUGACGUCUGGCCUCUGUCCCACUGUUAUCGAUGUAUCCCUCCUUGUGGCCCAGAACGACGAUUCGCAGACGGAAUGUCCCUUCAAUUUGGACACAUGGGAGAGGGGGGUAGGAACCCCAGAGGACCUCGCAUUUAUCAUGUUUACGUCCGGUAGUACCGGCCAUCCCAAAGGCAUUGAGAUGCCCCAUCGCACCCUCUCCACGAGCAUCUACCAUCACAGCGCGGGGAUGAAAGUGAAAUCUAGCAGUCGUGUCCUGCAUUUCUCCUCAUAUGCAUUUGACGUGAGCAUCUAUGAAAUCUUCACCACAUUGGCCGCUGGUGGAACCAUCUGCGUCCCAUCCGAGUUUGACCGCAUGAACAAUCUCUCAGGCUUUAUUCAAGACACCCAAGUCAAUUGGGCGUUUUUAACCCCUUCCACGGCUAGAAGCCUCGACCCCGCAGACGUUCCCUUGCUAACCACCCUAGUCCUGGGAGGUGAAGCUGUGACCCACGAGAGCGUUGAAGCGUGGGCAAAAGGCCGCUCUCUCAUCAACGGCUAUGGCCCUGCCGAGGCAACGAUCUGUGGAGUGGGCAAUAUCCCUGAAGCGGGAUGGAAAUCCGGCGUUAUCGGUCAAAUCGUUGGUGGUUUGGGCUGGGUUACUGUGCCAUCAGACCCGAACAGACUGGCAGCGGUUGGCGCCGUGGGUGAACUUCUCCUUGAAGGCCCGUUCCUGGCGAGGGGAUACCUGAACCUGCCAGAGGUUACGAGGGCCGCUUUCAUUGACCCUCCCAGCUGGAGAACACAGAUUCCUGCUCCGUCGCCCUAUCCUUUCCUCUACCGAACAGGCGACCUGGUCCAAUAUCAGCCGGACGGAUCCAUUCAGUAUAUCGGUCGUAAAGACAGCCGUAUCAAACUCCGAGGCCAGCUCGUCGAUCUGAGUGCAGUUGAGGCAAGUCUCAUGAGAGUGUAUCCGGCUGCGAUUCAGGUGGUCGCAGACGUGUUGGUUUCAGAGAAUACCACCAGACUGAUUGCCAUGAUGAAGCUCGGUCCACCAGUGACAGAGACCCACGAUGAUCCUUUGUUCGAGGCCCCAGACUUGGCUUUCAACGAGGCUGCUGCCUCUGUCCAAGCUCGUCUUCGGGCCAUUGUACCUCCCUAUAUGGUGCCAUCCAUGUUCAUUCCUCUACGUCACAUCCCUCGCACCCUCACAGGCAAGACAGAUCGUCGUCAGCUCCGAGACAAACUACUCUCAUUAUCACAAAGCGACCUCCAACGCUAUAUCAUGAGCUCCUCGGCCAAGACACCCAUGUCUGAUGACAAUGAACGGAGACUUCAAGAGAUUUGGGCAGAGGUGCUUCAGCUCCCAUGCGAAGCAAUCGGGAGAGAGGAUUCUUUCUUACUUCUUGGCGGCGAGUCUCUAGCGACGAUGAAAAUGGUAGCAUUGGCAAGGCGGGUCGGGUUCGUGUUCGCUGUGGCAGACGUUUUGAACAACACGAGUCUGUCAACCCUCGCGCAGUUUCGACAUUUGAUCACAGAGGAUGACAUUCCGAGCCCGUCACCCUCGCUCUCACUGUCAACCAUCGAAAGCCAGUCCCUCCAGAAGAUUCUUCGACCAUUACAGAACGGCGGCCUCAUUCAAGGAGGCAAUGACAUCGCGGCUAUUCAUCCUGUCACUGCCGCGCAAGCAUUCCUCGUACAGAGGUAUCCAUGGUCCCAUUUCCAGUUUGACUUAUCUGGCGCUAUCUCGCCCAGCAAGCUUCAAACCGCCUGCACUACGUUGAUGGCCCGAUUUACUAUCCUUCGCACGGUAUUUGUCGAACAUGCGGGCCAUCUCUUGCAACUCGUCUUGCGGGAGGUGCGCAAGUGUGUCCAUGAAAUUACGACCGAUGAGCCUCUCGAUGACUUCUGUAAUUCACUUUGUCAACAGCAGCAGGGCGUCUGUGUUGUUAACUCUACAGCGCUGCCAACUCUGUUUACUCUCGUGUCCAACCGCCAGCUUAACAGACAUCGACUUCUCCUCCGCCUUGCUCAUGCACAGUACGAUCUCACCACAAUCCCUCUAAUCGUCCAAGCCUUGGCCGAUGAAUACAACGGAACCCUCCGUGCGGGUUUCUCCUCCGACUUCAGCUACUAUCUCAAUCAUCACAUGCGGCAGACUAACGACGACAGGGCUCAUACCUUCUGGAACCAAUACCUGUCGGGCUCUUUUAUGACGUCUACGGAUCAGACCGCAGACACUACGACGCCUCAAGAGCGCAUCUUUCACGUCACUGGAUCAUGCACAGUUACGCCAGCAUCACAUCCCUUGGGCAUCACAACUGCCACCGCCGUCAAAGCCGCCGUCUGCCUGGUUCUAGCCUCACGGACCGGCUGCACAGACAUCGUCGUCGGUCAAACAGUGGACGCCCGGUGUAGUUCGGCUGACGGCACCCUUGACCAAAUUGUUGGCCCCUGCACGAAUUAUAUCCCGUACCGGCUCAGCGUGUGCUGUUCUAAAACUGCGUUGGAAUACCUCUGCAGCGCGCAAGCCCAGCACACAACAUCCCUUCGAUACUCCUCCCUGGACCUCGACCAGAUCGUGGCCAAGUGCACCAGCUGGCCGAGCAGUACUCAAUUUGGAUAUAUCGUCCAGCACCAGAACACUGGCGCAGACUUGGCUCUCUCGCUGGCAGGUUGCACUACUUCCUCGCCGAUGACUUCUUACGGCCAUGUAUUUCCUCAAGGGGAGGUCUGGAUCGGCUCGACGCCCUAUUCUACCGGUCUGAAAAUUGAUGUCAUUGCCCCGAGCGCAGUGCUAAGCCAGGAGGACGCUCAGGCUAUGGCUGGGGAGGUUGGCGCGGCGUUGGAGAACUUGCUUGCGUGUGGAGAUCGCCCUCUUUCGGAUUUGAUAGGAAAUACAUUCGCUACCUAA